GAAGAGUUCGUCUUUUGAAAAUGUAGCGCAAUGCGCGUGCGCUUUACUAAGGGAAUUAAACAAACAUGGCGGCGCCCUGUAGGAAAUUUGCGAGGUCGGUUCUUUUAAAAGGGUUUAAUCUGGUGCCUGGUCGAUGUCUGUGGACGUGUAGAAUGGAAAGCACUAAAGUGUGUUUGGGCCUUGUAACUCCCCGUUGUGUCCCGUGGUACAACCGUCCAAUGCACCCCUAUGGCCACAUGCUCUCCAUCACUACAACCACAACAACCACCACUAAAACAGGCACACAGGAAAGCACACACACACACAAAACUACUGAGAAGAAAGAAACUGUGGAGGAAGACGAGGAUGAGGGCCCAGAGUACAUCCCCAAAAGAAAGGCUAAGAACCCCAUGAUGAAGAUUGGAUAUGCCUGGAUGAUAGGUCUACCUGCUGGUGUAAUAGGGUUCAUCCUGGCGAAGAGAGAGGUGGAUAAGAACCGUCUGAAGCAGCUAAGAGUCCGCCAGAGAAUGAAGAGAUCCAAUGAGGGAGAGUACGAGGGGAGUCGCUACCGCAACACAGAUAUAGCUAAACUGGACUGAUGAUGAAAGCCGAAAGUGUACCACAAAUUCACAAUCUAAUUGGAUUUAUGAUUGCUCAGAGAAUGUGAUGCUGUGAGACUGACCUGUGUGAAUGUAACCUACACUGUUGGGCAUGUUAUCUAAAAAAAAAAACAGUUUAACUUGUUUGUCCCUUAUGUAUUAUGCAGUAAAUCAGACACCUUAAAUGGAUUGAAUGGUGAUAUAAAACCUUUAUUUGAUAAGAAAAGCAAAAACAAAACAAUGAUGUGUGUUUAUUAAUGCUGUCUGUCCCUCAUAGCUUUAUACUGUUACAGUGACGUAUAUCCAGACUGGUACCCUGUGUUUCCCUCAUAUCCUUCUAUAAUAGUGCAAAUGAAGGGGAUAUGACUUGGGUAAUUGUAUGCUCCUGAAACAUAUACAGCUAGCUCUAAAGAGUCAUUUAUUUUCAGCUUUUUAUUGGGUCCAAGUUAAGAGGACCACUGAUUACUAGCAUACAUGUAACAGAGGUGGGAGGAAGACUGAAUGAGACGAUACUAUAAUAGACGAGUGAACUAUCAUAUCAUUAUCCUCCACAUGGGUGCUAAACAUUCAGUCAGUUGCAUUCUUUUUUUACAGAGUAAUGAUAAUCGUACA